AUGCUACAGGUAGUAAUGGUCUCCACCGAUCUACAAGGACACCACGACCAAUUGGGAGCGGCAGCGGUAGCUUUGGACUACAUCUCGGACUCACAGCAGCAUGUAAGGAGUACAGGCAAUCAAGGAUCUGGCCAGCAAAUCGACGCGAUUUCUUCAUUUAUUAGAUUAUGUAAAUCAACAUGCAGAAAUUUCAUGACCUGUAGGGGAAAGAAUAGCCGGCCGCCAAACUUCACCAUUAGUUCUCUCCACACGUUAACUUAUACUACUUUGGAAGGCAACCGCUAUGAUAUUAUCAGGUUAUACUUGAGGCUCAUAAUACUAGUCAGCUAG